AUGGCUCCUUUACCAGACCACAACAAAAAGGACAUGUCUCAUUUAUUCGAUUCUCUCUGUGAUUCUCUUCUUUUACACAAAUCCUAUAGAAUGAAGCAUCUGUCCGAAACGAUCUCCUUCCCUUUACAUGAUCUCGAAACGACAAUACCAGUUGUUAGCAAAAUGAACUCAUUUGAUUUUCGACUGGUCGUGGACAGCAGCCCAGCGGACAGUGACCCUAGCUUAUCCACCCGACAACCAUCUGAGUUGUCGAUGCCACAACUACAAUCACGAUCAAACCCGAACCCAAGACUCGGAUCACUACCACCACCCAAGACCAAAACAAAAUCAAGGCCCAGAUCGCCUCCACAAUUACAUUCACAACUAAAACCAAAACCAAAACCAUCAUCGUCAUCAUCAUCAUCAUCAUCUCCAUCUCUAUCAACGUCAAUCUCCUCCUUUGAGAAUGAUAUCGACAUUUCCGAUACCACUUGCAUACCCCCAUCAUCUAACUCUACUCCUCUUGCCCGUCUUCAAUACACCGAAGCAUCAUCCCAGGUAAAGAAUAAUCAUCACCACCCGAGUUUCUUUCCGCUUGCACAAAAGCAUCUCGAGGAUUUAUACACCAAGUUGAGAUGUUAUUCCAAGUCUACUCAGACAAGAAUCCGAAUGUCAAAACUUGACGAAGUCCUCGAUUCUCGGAAUCGUUCCCCUCAUUAUUGGACCGAAAAUAUUGCAAAUAACUUUGCAUUGACGCAUUAUACUCUAUCAGAAAUUCUACCUUUGGAAGUUUUUUAUGAUACAUUACUUUGUAAAGGUAAUUCUCAACAAAUUGAGAAUACUUCGGGCCUUCCAACCUUAAGCAAAUGGAAAGUUUUAUCCCUACUCGAAAAUCCCCAAUGUCUUGGUUGUAUUGCGUUUGCCGAUGUCGACACAGAUAUGGGAAAUGCUACUGCCAAUAUUGAUAAUACAAAUAAGAAUAACAUUGAUAUCUCCUCAACCCUUCUUCGAGUCGAAUUAUUUUGUCUAUUCAUAUUAUUAGCUCGACAAAUCGAUCCUCGAAUGAAUUGUGAGAAUUAUCGUCAAUUGAUGAGGGAUGAUGAGAAAGGAAAUGGUUGGGUCACAAGAUCGGCUGUGACAAUCUUCUUAACAAAAACGCAUUUUCGAGUUGUUGAAGCGAGAUUGAAUGGAGGUACAUGGGAUCAGACUGCGCCGGUGGAAAUACAUAUGCAUAUUAGGAAGAGUAUUAGAUGGGAUGAGCUGGAUAUCAAGGAUGAGAAGUAUAACGAAGAACUUUGGAGAGAGCUUGUCAGUUGGUCAUUCUUGUCAGCGGAGAAAUCUAGGGAUAAUUAA